AUCACCAGCACAAAGACGGUGACCGUCUCAACAACCGAGCCGCACGAAGCUAACAGAGAAUAUGAUCCUCUCGUACAGCGGCGAGUCAGGCCAACGACUCUUUUGGAUUUCGGAUCGCGGCCGCUUUCCACCAGAAGUAUCUCGCCUCGCAUCGCCUCGCCUCCUGUACACACAGACAAUAGCACCAGCACAGUACAGAGUACUACUGGCGAGAGGGUAGGGUACAUGACGAACUUGGCUGGAGUAGGGUAAGGUAGGGGUGGAGCGAGGUCGGGCACCACAUGAUCCGUGUUUUGAGAGGUCCCAAAACAAGAUUGCUGUACCAUCCCUCGGCGUCCUCGCCUAAUCUCACGACAAUCCUCCUCUGGCCACUACGAGCGUCACGUUCAGAAAGUACAAGACUCCUGUACCGUCCAUCGGGCUAGAGGAAAAAAAUCUGGAUUCGCCGCUUCUCUCAGUCUUCCGUCUAGAUUCCGAAUUUGCCAUCGAUAAAAAUGAACUGGCGCCAUUAAUUUUAGACAGAAAUUGCUUCUGCGGGCCUCCUCUUGGUGUGCAUGGAACCGACCGACCGACCCACCCACCCACCAACCCCCGAGGGUCGUCCGCUGAAGCGAGCGGACGCCGAUGACGGUUGAAAUACAAUCUGUCAAGUACUAUCGUGUCGGCGCCACGUGAUUAGCACCAUCAUAGCUUAUCACCACUGUGGUGACCACCUGUAUCUCAAUCACGGAUAUCGUGUGACGUGCGCCUCCUCCUGCCUCCGCCACGUGUCACCUCCACGUCACUGACGUGACACAUGAGCGCACCGUCGCGUGGUCACCAGCUCAGAACGGUUCUGGGCUGAAAUCGUGGAAAGGUAGUGGGCCCGUCUCGACCUGGCCGAGAAAUCCAGCCGUCCACAUUUUGUGGUCUCCGACCAUGGCGAAGACCUCGAACGAGAGCGGUUCCUUAGCUCUCACGGUCCACGCGCUUGGAACGAGCAUCCCUGCUAGGGUUCCCGUGAGUGUUCCGGUGAGGGUUCCGUUUCCGAGUCUGCCGGCGAUCCCGAAUCCUACGAGCUACUAGUGGUAGUAGUACGUUUCCUUUAAUUAGUACUUCAAACCGCACCGUCGCCCCAUGUGUGCACUAACUGCCAGUGCCGGCCGUCUGCUCGUCCGACGGCUCAGAGCCAUUGAAUUCGACUCGGAGUCCGAGUCGAUCAUGGACGAUCCCAAUCCCCCUGUCACGAUCGCUAGGGUGUCGCAAACGCCUUCGUUAUGGUCGCAUUGCGACGCCCAUGCGACGCAAGCGAUGGCUCGGUCGUGGUCGUUUAGCGAUGUGGCCCAGGCGACCACGCAAACGGCGCCGCCCCCGCGGUCGCCGUGGUCGCGAUCGCGGUCAUUCAGCGACGUCAGGGCGGCGCAACUGGCGUCCUACGAAACGACCCCCCGGCGGUCGCCGCGGUCGGCGUGGUCGCGCUCGUUCAGCGACGCCCAGGCGACGCAAAAGACGGCCCCUCAGUCAUGGUCGUGGGCGCGGCCGUACGGCGACGCCCAGGCGACGCAGAUGGUGCGGUCGCGUUCGUUCAGCGACUUCCAGGCGACGGGAACGAAGCGGUCAUGGUCCUUAAGCGACGCCCAGGCGACAGGAACGAAGCAGUCAUGGCACCAAACCCAGCGGAGGUCGCCGCGGCCGCAACACGAGGGGCACGGGAGCAGCGAGCGACUCUCUGACUGGCUGGAAAACAGCCUUUUCUCCGCGAAGCACGGUGACAGUCAUGGCAGAGGCGCUGCUUCCCUUCCUUUCCUUCCUUCUGUUCCUGCCGCCCCUGCCGUCCCUGCGCCGCGGCACGAGAAGCAGCAGCGCGGGAGCAGCCGCACCGAGGGACUCUCGGACUGGCUGGAGAACAGCCUUUUCUCCGCGAAACACGGUGACAGCUGGGGCGUUUCUGCCGCUCCUGCCCCGCGGCACGAGCAGCAUGGCGGGAGCUGCGAGCGGCUCUCUGACUGGCUGGAAAACAGCCUUUUUCCCACGAACCGUGGCGUGGGCGUUUCUGCUGCUCCUGCUGUUUCUGCUGUUCCUGUCGUUCCUGCGCCGCGGCACGAGCAGCAGCAGCACGGGAGCAGUGAGCGGCUCUCUGACUGGCUGGAAAAGAGCCUUCUCCCCUCGAAACACGCCAGGGCCGCUCCUGCUGCUCCUGCUGCUCCUGCUGCUCCUCCCAUCCCUGCCGCUCUUGCCGUCCCCACCGUUCCAGCACCGCGCCGCCCGCCGCGUCACGGUUACAGCAGUGCUAUGAAUAGUAGGAGUCACCUUGUGACAGGGGCCAACACACGCCGGGGCGUUUCCCCAUCACCCCAUCCGCGUUAUAGUAGGACUCAGCGCAAUGGCCCAGUGGCAGCGGAAGAGGCAGAGGCUGCUGCUGCUGCUGCUGCUGCUGCUGCGCCAGGAGCUGCUGCUGCUGCUCCUGCUGCUGCUUUCGAGCGGAAGGGAGCUCUGAGUGCCAGUCCCAUCGCAUUCGGUACAAGUUGUGCUGUUCACCGGUUGCCAACUCCUGCCCCAAUCGGUUGCACUGAGCGUCGGCCCGCACCAAUCGAUUGCACUGAGCACCGGCCCGCCCCAAUUGGUUGCACUGAGCACCGGCCCGCCCCGAUUGGUUGCACUGAGCGCCGGUCGCUUUUGAGUCAACUCAAAACGCUCCUGGACGGCCCGGUGGCGGCGGUAGAGGCAGCAGAGGCCGCUGUUGCUACUGCUGCUGCUGCACCCGAGGGGAAGAGAACCCCGACUUCGAGACACAGUCCAAAUCCCCUCUCAAUCGGCUCCCCUGAGCAGCGCGGGGGAGAAACAGAACCUCGUGGGGAGAGGAAUGGAACCCCCGUUGCAGCCAUGGGUCGGAAUGGGCACCGGUUGCGCCAGGAGAGGAGUGCUGUUUCUGGGCAGUACAGUGCACCUCAGUGCAAUUUCAUCCCUCAGAAUCACGCUCUGUGGCACCAGCUGCAGCAGCUGCAGGCGAUGGGAGAUUUCGAGGCGUGUAAGGAGCCCUCUCUUUCCGAGAGGGAAGGAACCUCCGUUUCUCAGGAGCAGGCUUCGUGGGGCCAGUUGCAAGAGGUGCAGGAGGCGCAGGAGGUGCAGCAAGUGCCACAAGUGCCGCAAGUGCAGGAGUUCGCUGCUAACAGGAGGGAUGAGGCUCCUGGCUGUAAGAACCAGGGUCUGUGGGACAAGCUGCACGAAGUGCAGCUGUUGAUAGAGCUGCUCCAGCGGCACAAGUCGCAGGAGGUGCAGCAGUGGCAUGAGUCGCAGGAGCAGCCGGAGCAGCUGCAGAUGCUGUUUGAGCCGCACGGUCUGCAGCAGCGGCGUGCGUCGCAGGAGUCGCAGGAGCAACGGGAUCUGCAGAUGCUGCCUGAGCCGCAGGGUCUGCAGCAGUGGCGUGAGUCGCAUGAGUCGCAGGAGUCUCAGGAGCAGGGGGGUCUGCAGAUGCUAUCUGAGCCGCACAAGAUGGAAAUUUCUGAGGCGUCUCAGGAGUUUUCUUCCAGCAAGAAAGAAGAACCUUCCGUUUCUCAAAGCCAGGUUUCAUGGACCGACUUGCAGGAUCUGCAGAAUCAGCAAGAUCAGCAAGAUCUGCAGGAUCUGCAGGUGUUGUGUGAGCUGCAGGUGAUGGAAGACAUUGAGGCUUCAAAGGAGCUUACUUCGAGCAAGAGGAAUGAAACUCACUCUUCUCAAAGUCAGGCUUCGAGUGACCAGUUGCAGAACCCGCAGCAUCUGAAGCAGGUGCAGGAUCUGCAGAAUCUGGAUCUACAGGAUGUAGAGCAGCUGUUGGUUUUGCAGGAUCUGCAAGCGGCUCAGCAUCUCACAGACGGCAAGAGCCUCUGCGGCAAGGCUGCUGCAGGGGUAGAAGCUUCUGCAGAAGCUUCUACAGGAGAAAAUUCAAGUCCAGAGCUUGUUAUUGGGUUGGCGGAGGAUGGAUCCAUUGCUGUUGUGGCUAAAGGUGUGGAUAAGAGGAGACGGCUGGGGCAGACAGAGGAUGAGGCUCGCCUGGGGGCUGCAGGGCAUGAGGCUCACCCAGGGGCUGCAGGGAAUCAGAUGCUUAGUGCACCAGAAACAUCGGCGCCUGCAGAAGCAGCAGAGGGCGCAUGGCCACCAUAUGCGGAAGCUGCAGAGGGCUCAGGGCCACCAGCUGCAGAAUCGGCAACAGCAGCAUUGGCAGCAGCAGUGGUGGCGCCAGCACCUACCAGCAGGGUCGACAGGCUCAGCACGAGCUGCAGGAGCGGCAACACCACCAGCACGAGCAUGGUCGCCACAGGCUACAGGGGCGGCUGCCAGGGCGCCACUAUGGAGCUGGUUUAUCAGCAACACUACUUUGUUACAUGCAGUAGUGUAACUAUAUAACAUCAUAUCUAUGUUUCAGUGUAGCAAUGAAAUUAUACUCUCUAG